UUGGCCCCCCUGAGCCAGCGCUGCUGCUUUUCCUAACAAGGCCUCUUUCUGCUUCUUUCCUGCCACCCCACUUCCCAAGUCCCAGCGUGGAUCAGCUUCCCAGGGCACUUGUCCUGGGGUCCCCUCCUGGUGACAGCUGUCCUGUGGGGCUGUGUGUGACCAGCACGGGCCUGUCACGUGGCAGGCUUGGCGGGAGGAGCUUGGCAGGGGAGUGGGGCGGUUGGGGGCGGCAGAUCGCAGGCAGCUCCUCAUCCAACCAGCCUCGCCUCCCACAGGGAAGGGCCGGCUCAGCCAAUCGGCUCCUCCAAGCUCGCAACUGCCAAGCGGAAGCCGGGGAGCCAGCCUGGCUCCUGGCUUUGGGGCUGGGAAUUGUGGGAGGAGGGCCGGGCCCCACUGGAGGCACCCUUUUGUGUAAGGACCCCCAGGAACCAGUCCUCUGUCUGGCCACAGGGACACUGGGUUGUGGCAUUUCUCCAGCUGCUCCCCAGGGGGAGGGAAGAAUCCCUGGAGCCAACAGGCCUAGCCUCUGACCCUGGAAACACCCAGCCCAGGCCUGCCUGAGGGCCAACAAGUCAGGGGGCAGCAAAUUUUUAACCAGACACAUUGAUCAUUAACUGGGGUAGGAAGGAGUCCAAACUCAGCAUCCCUCGGGGGCAGAGACCAGCUGGGCUUUGAGCCUCCUGUGGAGAUGCUGGGCCCCCGAGUCUGGUCCUCUGUAAGGCAGGGGCUGAGCAGGGCUUUGUCCAGCACCGUGGGGGGCUGGGCCUCAGGGGAGGGGAGGAAGGUGGACAUCUCAGGCAUCUACCCCCCUGUGACCACCCCCUUCACUGCCACGGCCGAGGUGGACUAUGGGAAACUGGAGGAGAAUCUGCACAAACUGAGCACCUUUCCCUUCCGAGCAUUGUCUGUAAUAGCAAAAUUAGGAUGUAUUCUAAAUGUCAUCAAAGGGAGAAUGAAAAGUAAAUUGUGGUCUAACUUCACAAGAGAAUAUUAUACAGCAAUGAAAAUGAAUGAAUCAGAGCUCCCUGUACUGCUGUGGCCAAGGUGCAAAACACAAUGCACGUGGGAAGGUGUCGCCUCUCUUGCAGGCUUCGUGGUCCAGGGCUCCAACGGCGAGUUCCCCUUCCUGACCAGCAGUGAGCGCCUGGAGGUGGUGAGCCGCGUGCGCCAGGCCCUGCCCAGGGACAAGCUCCUGCUAGCCGGCUCGGGCUGCGAGUCCACUCAGGCCACGGUGGAGAUGACGGUGAGCAUGGCCCAGGUCGGGGCUGACGCCGCCAUGGUGGUGACCCCUUGCUACUAUCACGGCCGCAUGAACAGUGCCGCCCUCAUUCACCACUACACCAAGGUUGCUGACCUGUCUCCAAUUCCUGUGGUGCUCUACAGUGUCCCAGCCAACACGGGGCUGGACCUGCCUGUGGAUGCGGUGGUCACACUUUCCAAGCACCCGAAUAUCGUGGGCAUCAAGGACAGCGGUGGUGAUGAGCUGUGGGGGGCGUGUGUGCCCUGGCCAAUGUCCUGGGGGCUCAGGUGUGCCAGCUGGAGAGACUCUGCCUCACAGGGCAAUGGGAAGAUGCCCAGAAGCUGCAGCACCGCCUCAUUGAGCCAAACACUGCGAUAUCCACUUGCUCCAGCACCAUCUGCUGAAAAGAUGGAUCUUUCCUUUACUGAAUUACUUUUGCACUUUUGUCAAAAAUCAGUUGGGUGUAUUUGUGUGGGUCUAUUUCUGGAUUCUCUAUUCUCUCCAUUGAUCUAUCCCUCUGCAGUACCAUAGACUUGAUUAUUGUAGGUGUGUAAUAAAUCUUAAAAUCAGAUUUUAAGAUUUUAAGCUAGACUGAUUCCUCGCACUUUGUUCUUUUUUUUUCCCCAAAAAAUUGUUUUAACUAAUCUGAAUCCUUUGUCUUUCCAUAUAAAUUUUAGAAAAAUAUUGUGUAUGUCUACAAAUACUUGCUGGAAUUUUGAUAGGAAUUGUGUUAAACCUGUACGCCAGUUUGGGAACAAUUGACAUUUUUACUGUGUUGUCUUCAAAUCCUUGAAUAUGGUAUGUCUCCAUUUAUGUAGACCUUCUUUGAUUUAUUUCAUCAGCAUUUUGCAGUUUUGGGCAAACCAGUCCUAUACAAGUUUUGAGAGAUUUACACCUAAGUGGCUCAUAUUUUUUGAGUGAUUAUAAAUGAUAUUGUAUUUUUAAUUUCACUAUUCAUAUGUUCAUUGCUAGUAUGUAUAGGAACACAGUUGAUUUUUCUUCUUUAUGUUGUAUCAUAUGACUUUGCUGAACUCACUUAUGGGUUCUAUGAGAUUUUUUUCUAUAUUCCUUGGGAUUUUCUACAUAGACAAUCAUAUCAUCUACAAAUAGGGGAUGUUUUAUUUCUUCCUUUCUGAUCUGCAUACCUUUUAUUUCCUUUCUUGCCUUAUUGUACUGGCUAGAACUUCCUGCACUACGUUGAAUAAGAGUAGGGAGAGUGGACAUCCUUGCCUUGUUUCUGAUCUUAAAGAAAAGCAUUCAGCCUUUCACCGUUAAGUACAAUGUUAGCUAUAGGUUUCUGUAGAUGCUCUUUUUCAAGUUGAGGAAGUUCUCCCUCAUUCUAGUUUUCAGAGAGUAUUUAAAAAUCAUGAAUGGGUGUUGAAUUUUUAUCAAAUUUUUUCUGCAUUGAUUGAUUUGAUCAUGUGAUUUUUUUUCCUCUUUAGCCUGUUAAUAUGGUAAGUUACAUUAAUAAUUUUCAAAUAUUGGACCAGACUUAUAUCCCUGGGAUAAACCCCACUUGCACAUGGUGUAUAACUCUUUUUAUAUAUUGCCGAAUUCCAUUUGCUAAUAUUUUAUUAAGGGUUUUUCCUGCCUAUAUUCAUGAGAGAUAUUGGUAUGUAGUCCUUUUUCUUUCUUCCUUCCUUCCUUCCUCCCCCCCACCCCUUUCUUUCUUUCUUUUCUUCCUUCCUUCCUUCCGUUCUUUCUUUCUUUCUUUCUUUCUUUCUUUCUUGUCUUUGAUUUUUGUAUCAGGGUAAAAAUAGCUUCAUUAAUUGAUUGGGAAGUGUUCCCUCCUCUUCUGUUUUCUGGAAGAGGCUGUGAGAAUUGGUGUUAAGUCUUCUUUAAACAUUAAAAAACAAUUCUCCAGUGAAACCAUCUGGGCCUGGAGAUUUCUUUUUUGGGAGUUUAGAAAUAAUAAUGGCUCCACACUAGGCCUCUACGGAUACCUCCCUAGCUGGAAGGGGUAGAAGUGCCUUCUUAUUGCUACCUGUGUGGCCUCCACUGACAUCUUGAGUGUGUCUGGUGGGGUGGCCUCCUUAACGGUGGGCAGUGGUCAAAGUUCUGCCUCUCCUCAUUAGGCCUCUUCUGAGACAUCCCUCAUGGAUGGGGAGGAGCACUCUUUACGGCUGAGUGUGGGGUAGAAGUUCUGGCUUCCAGUUCAGCCUUUGCUGGCCUGCGUGGGGUGGAGCCACGGCUUUCUCCUGUGGCCUUUGGCCGGUGUAGAGCGCAUACUGUCUACAGGUUCUCCAUCUUGCUCAGCUGCCAGAGACAACAGGCCUUUGUGGGGCUUUUCUUGUCUCUGCUCGUUAGCAUUUCAGGGUCACUGUUCCUUCAGCUCCAAGUCUGGACCGGGGAACUCAGUACCGUGUUGUUCCUUGGGUCCCAGGGUUCCUACUUGGUCUUCCUUCUCUCUGCCUUUCAGAAUUUUACAUUGGUUUUUAUAUAAUGUCCUGGAUUUUUUUUAGUUCUACUUACUGGGAGGAAUAAGGAAAAGUACACCUAUUCCAUCUUCCUGGAAGUGGAAGCUCUAAGCAGUUUUCUAAAUGGUGAUUUUUUUUUCCCUCCUAGAACAUUAAAGUAGUUGGAAAAAAAUAUUGAAAAAUUUUAAAGUAGGCACAUUAAAAUUCAUAGCAUUUUUUUUCAUUUAAAAUAUUUUAUCUAGGGCUUCCCUGGUGGUGCAGUGGUUAAGAAUCCGCCUGCCAAUGCAGGGGACAAGAGUUCGAGCCCUGGGCCGGGAAGAUCCCACAUGCCACGGAGCAAUGAAGCCCGUGUGCCACAACUAAAGACCCAACACAGCCAAAAAUAAAUAAAUAAAUAAAUUUGUUUAAAAAAAAAAAAAUAUAUAUAUAUAUAUAUUUUAUCUAUACCAAAAACAUAACUUAUUAGAAUUUUACUUCCCUGGCUUGAAUGGAAGCAAACACAUCAAAAUAAUUUUUUUUCCCAAAUCUACUUCUAGAAAAAAAUUAACCAUUCAAAAUAUGCAAGACAUGUUUAUAGGGGCACACAUAAUUAGUUUGCCUCAGGCUACAAUAUGACAGGGCACGGCUCUGUUGGAUCUUGUCUUUAUUUAAAGCUUUGACACUUUGUUCAUCAUGGAUUUUUUUGCAUUAAAAAAAAAAUAUUGCAUUAAAUAUUUGUCUUGUAACUGAGUUUUGCCUCUGAGGCAAUAGUUCCAGACCGAGCUUGGCAAUGUUUUCUUUGGUAAAGUGGUGGGUGGGCUCUAGAUUUCCCUCACAGCUUAUAUCUUUACCUCAAAAGGACAGAUUAACUCAGAUUUAGAGAAUGGACAGCUGAGGAGGCAAGCAUGAGUUUCCCUGGAUGUGAAGGUUCUCCUGGGAUAGGACGGGCUACAGAUAGGGUAUAAGAAUUGCAGAAAUGAGGGCCUUUCAGCUGAGCCCCAUCAUGGCCCAGGUUGUACUAUACAUUCUGACGUUCCACUGGGGCGGGACCUCUGCUCUCCCACUCCCAUCUGCCUGUGAGAGAGAAGGUCCCAGAACCUGCAU